GCGCGUUGCUGGUUCCUGGUCAUCCCUCCCCGCCAAUCCAGCUCUUCCUGGCGGACACAUCGGAGGCGCGCUGUGAUGGGGAUGCCCUGAGCCCUCGCGCCGGGAGCUUCACGCCUGGAUGUUGGUGCUGCUCCUCCCAGACGAUGUGGCUGAUACUCUGGAGAAGGCCCCUCUUGCCCCCUGUUCUGCAAGUGCCUGAGCUGCCGGCCGGCUGGGACCUGCGUCUCGCCCUGUGGCUCCUGAGCUUUGCCUCGGCCAUCGUGCGCAUGGAGGGCCAGGUCUACUCUCCGACCGUCAACACUCACUAUGGGAAGCUACGGGGGGUGCGUGUGCCGCUGCCCAGCGAGAUUCUGGGGCCCGUGGACCAGUACUUGGGGGUGCCUUAUGCCGCCCCCCCCGUCGGGGAGAAGAGGUUCAUGCCCCCCGAGCCCCCGCCGUCGUGGUCGGGCAUCAGGAACGCUACGCACUUCUCGCCGGUCUGCCCCCAGAACAUCCACAACGCCGUUCCCGAGAUCAUGCUGCCCAUCUGGUUUACCUCCAACCUGGAUAUCGUGGCCACGUACAUCCAGGACCCCAACGAGGACUGUCUGUACCUCAACAUCUACAUCCCCACGGAGGAUGUAAAACGGAUUUCCAAGGAAUGCACCCGAAAGCCCAACAAGAAAAUAUGUAGGAAAGGAGGAGCCAGCGCUAAGAAACAGGGCGAGGACUUAGCGGAUAAUGACGGGGAUGAAGACGAAGACAUCCGGGACAGCGGCGCCAAGCCCGUCAUGGUCUAUAUCCACGGCGGCUCCUACAUGGAGGGCACGGGCAACAUGAUCGACGGCAGCAUCCUGGCCAGCUACGGCAACGUCAUCGUCAUCACCCUCAACUACCGCGUGGGAGUGCUCGGCUUCCUGAGUACAGGCGACCAGGCGGCCAAGGGCAACUAUGGGCUGCUGGACCAGAUCCAGGCGCUGCGCUGGGUCAGCGAGAACAUCGCCUUCUUCGGCGGCGACCCGCUGCGCAUCACCGUCUUCGGCUCCGGCAUCGGCGCCUCCUGCGUCAGCCUCCUCACCCUCUCGCACCACUCGGAAGGUCUCUUCCAGAGGGCCAUCAUCCAGAGCGGCUCCGCGCUGUCCAGCUGGGCGGUCAACUACCAGCCCGUGAAGUACACGAGCAUGCUGGCCGACAAGGUGGGCUGCAACGUGCUGGACACCGUGGACAUGGUGGACUGCCUGCGGCAGAAGAGCGCCAAGGAGCUGGUGGAGCAGGACAUCCAGCCGGCCCGCUACCACGUGGCCUUCGGGCCCGUCAUUGACGGCGACGUGAUCCCAGACGACCCCGAGAUCCUCAUGGAGCAGGGCGAGUUCCUCAAUUACGACAUUAUGCUGGGCGUCAACCAGGGCGAGGGCCUGAAGUUCGUGGAGGGCGUGGUGGACCCCGAGGACGGCGUCUCGGGCAGCGACUUCGACUACUCGGUCUCCAACUUUGUAGACAACCUGUACGGCUACCCCGAGGGCAAGGACACCUUGCGGGAGACCAUCAAGUUCAUGUACACGGACUGGGCCGACCGGGACAACCCCGAGACGCGCCGCAAGACCCUGGUGGCCCUUUUCACCGACCACCAGUGGGUGGAGCCGUCGGUGGUGACGGCCGACCUGCACGCCCGCUACGGCUCCCCCACCUACUUCUACGCCUUCUACCACCACUGCCAGAGCCUGAUGAAGCCUGCGUGGUCCGACGCGGCCCACGGGGACGAGGUGCCUUACGUGUUCGGGAUCCCCAUGAUCGGCCCCACGGACCUCUUUCCCUGCAACUUCUCCAAGAACGACGUCAUGCUCAGCGCCGUGGUGAUGACCUACUGGACCAACUUCGCCAAGACAGGGGACCCCAACAAGCCCGUCCCCCAGGACACCAAGUUCAUCCACACCAAGGCCAACCGCUUUGAGGAGGUGGCCUGGUCCAAGUACAACCCCCGGGACCAGCUGUACCUGCACAUUGGGCUGAAGCCGCGCGUGCGCGAUCACUACCGGGCCACCAAGGUGGCCUUCUGGAAGCACCUGGUGCCCCACCUGUACAACCUGCACGACAUGUUCCACUACACCUCCACCACCACCAAAGUGCCGCCGCCGGACACCACGCAGAACUCGCACAUCACCCGCCGGCCCAACGGCAAGAUCUGGACCACCAAGCGCCCCGCCAUCUCGCCCGCCUACAACAGCGAGAACGGCAAGGAGAAGUGGAGCCCGGAGCAGGAGGCGGGCACGCUGCUGGAGAACCCGCGCGACUACUCCACCGAGCUGAGCGUCACCAUCGCCGUGGGCGCCUCCCUGCUCUUCCUCAACGUGCUGGCCUUCGCCGCGCUCUACUACCGCAAGGACAAGCGCCGGCAGGACACGCAGCGGCAGCCCAGCCCGCAGCGCAGCGCCCCCAACGACAUGGCCCACACGCCCGACGAGGAGGUGCCCUCGCUGCAGGCGAGCCAGGCGCACCACGAGUGCGAGGCGGUGCCGCCGCACGACGCGCUGCGCCUCGCCGCCCUGCCCGACUACACGCUCACGCUGCGCCGCUCGCCCGACGACAUCCCGCUCAUGACGCCCAACACCAUCACCAUGAUCCCCAACUCGCUGGUGGGGCUGCAGACCCUGCACCCCUACAACACCUUCGCCGCCGGCUUCAACAGCGCGGGGCUCCCGCACUCACACUCCACCACCAGGGUAUAGCCGCCCGCGCGCGCACGCUCGCACGCACCC